CGAGUUCGUAAUGAUCGAGAGUUGAAUGUCGGUAGUCAGUAGUGUGAAAACUUCCGAUCAUGUUGCGUCGUCAGAUUACGUUAGACGAAAAAAUCGGUAUAAUACGGCGGUUGGAGAACGGCGAGGGAACCGACGCAAUCGCCAAAGAAUUUAGCGCCUCGUCGUCGACGAUUUCCACCAUAUGGAGCAGACGGGAUUCGUUGAAAACGAUGUUUGAGAACACGUCACUUCGGACCAAACAGUUGCGGACUGCGCAGCACAUCGACCUCGAAGAAGCUGUGCUUGCGUGGUUCAAAAAACAACGAUUGGCGAACGUGCCCGUUAGUGGUCCCAUGUUGAAAGUAAAAACUGAACAGCUGGCUGAAGGAUUGAAGAUGGAGGAUUUCAAGUGCUCUGCAUCUUGGAUUCUGAGCUUCCGCCAACGGCACAACAUUGGUUUCGGCAAGAUGGCGGGUGAGUCAACGGCGGUGUGUUCCAAGUGUCACGACGACGUAUGGCCAGGUUACGAAGAUGAUGAAUUUUGUUGUGAAAUUCUUGAAUCAGAUCUAGAUGGUUUCGACAUAGUCUUGACUCCUGAUAACUCAAAGCGAAUAAGUGGUUCAGGAUGAUAUUUCUGUCGAACCUGAUGAUGAUUUUGGAACUAUACCGUCAAUAUCCGAAGCUCGUGCUGCAACGAUGACUCUUAAAAAAAAUUGACUACAUAAAAAACGACAAAGAUGUUAGGAAAAAGCUUUGAUUUUAUUAGAACCUUCUGUUGACACUAAAAUAUAUUUUAUGGAGCAAAGUUCGAUCAAGGUUUAUUUUCAGGAAAUUAAAUUCAAGUGAUGAUAUAUUAUAUUAUAUAUAUUAUAUUGUAUUAAUAAUUUAAUUUGUAAUUAUUUGACGAGAGGAGUAUAGCAAUAAACUUGGAUUAUAACUCAA